CGGGACUGCCAGUGCGCCAACUGCCUGCUGGUGGUGGAGAGGCAGCGCGUCAUGGCCGCGCAGGUGGCGCUCCGGCGGCAGCAGGCCACGGAGGAUAAGAAGGGUCUAACAGGGAAACAGGCUAAUUUUGAGCGCAAAACAGUCUACCAGAGGCCUGUCAGGGCUCCCAGCUUGCUGGCCAAAAGCAUUUUGGAAGGUUAUCGCCCCAUGCCGGCAGAUCCUUACCUUGGAGGGAAUUCACCUUUGCCAGCCCCCGUAAGUGACAGGAUGAGAAAAAGACGGGCCUUUGCUGAUAAAGAGCUGGAGAACAUUAUGCUAGAGAGAGAAUAUAAAGAAAGGGAGAUGAUGGAAGCCACUCAAGCUGCUGCCCUUUUCCUGCCUAACCAUAUGGUGCAUGGAACUGAAUACAAUUCCUACAAAAAUGCCUUUAACCCUGCUCAGGUUGAAGCUCCUAACAAGGAGUUUUGCAACUUCUUACCAACCUGCCUUGACCUAACCAUGCAGUAUUCAGGAUCUGGAAAUAUGGAACUGAUUUCUUCAAAUGUCAGCGUAGCUACUACGUACAGGCAAUACCCCUUGUCUUCCAGAUUAUUGGUGUGGCCAAAACGUGGCCCCAUUAGUGACACUUUUCUUUACCAGCAAUGCCUACUGAAUGCUACUGCAGUCCAAGCUCUCAAACCUGGGGCACCCUGGACUUCCAAGACAUCACAAGGCCAGGACUGUGUAAAUUCAGAGCAUGACAUGAUGUCACCGAAAACAGAAAAUUCACUUGUGCUUUCCCAUGCUCGAGAAAUCCAGUGCAUCCCGCAGGAGGCUCGUGAGAGGUCAGCUUUCUCUCCUCCCAAAAAGACUUUUCCACAAAUUUCUGAGAAGGAUUCACUGGCUUCUCAAGAACACGUCUUAAGCAAGAUCAGCAAAGAAAAUGCCAAGCUCCCUCAAGCACUCAAGUACAACCAGUUCCACUCAUUUUUACAGCAAACAUUUCAUGACAAAUCAGGGCCUGAGUUAAAAACAUCAUUAGUAAAAGAGAGCUUUGAAGAGGCAUCUAAGAAAUACAGAGAGUACUCCAUCAGAGAGAACCAAAAGUACAAAUUUACAAUAGACAGAUACUCAAAAGACCUUUUUGGGGCCAAACAAGCUACAACAAAACUCUCAGUAAAUGAGCCUCUAUCGUUUUCAGUUGAAUCAAUCCUUAAACGACCUUCUUCUGCUGUCACCAAUGUUUCUCAGUAACUGCAUCUCAAAUGUACAAUUUAAAUGCUUGCUAUCAGCAGAGUUCCUACCACCUGCCUUUUCUCUCCAAAGAUUUGUACAAAGGAAUUUAUUAUCUAAAUGGUGAUUUAAAAUAAAUGUGUACAUAAAUAUGCAUGUUUUCUGUCAUGAAAAUAAAUAUUUAAAAUUUGAAAAUGAAAAAACUGUACAUGUGUGCACACUGUAAAAUGUAGGUUUUGUAGAGCACUUCAAACAUUACAAUAAAAUGAGGUAACUUAUGAACAUACCUGUUCUUUGCAAAGCCAAGAGGACAUUAUCACUUCUGCCCUCCACAUCUCUCCCUCUCAGAAAGGGUAUCCACUCACUUGCAGAACAUGCAUAAGCUACUGUUUGCUAUUAUGGAGCAUAGGCUAUUAUUGUUUGCUAUGCCAGAGUAACCCAUCUCUGCCUUGUACUUAUAGUAGUUCACAGAACAGACAACAACAGCAGUGCCAAUUUACCUGCUAAUAUGCAUCAAAGUAAUCUUUUCAUUGGUUUCAAUUGGCUUUGGAUCAGGCUCCAACUGUCAGUGCAGUUCUGUUGUGCUAAACUCCUGGGAAGGAAGAGUAGUUUAUUCUGGGCUUCUCUGUUGAGACUGCCAUCAUUCAAACAGGGCAUUCAUAGAGAAGUUUUGAUAUGUGGAGACAGGUACAAGGGGAAGGAAGAUGGAAGAAUCGCAAAGUGCAGUGACUCUUAAGUGCUUGUAGAUAAAGGUGUGUUGCUGUGUCAAAUGGGCAUUAAAAUCCCAUUCAAAUGUUUCGCUGACUUGUAAUAUAUCAUUUCCUAAAACUUUUCAAUUUUAAAAAUCACAAGCUGGACUAGAUAUUAGUGUCACCUUCAAUGAAAUGAACUUUGGGGUAUAAAAAGUUGCACAGAAUAAUAGCUACCAAAAUAAAAUUAAGGUAUAAAAUUAAGAGGAGAUACGAUAGCUUUGAGUCCCUUUUGUAGGCACUGGAAAGAACAUGAGGCUAAUAGACAGAGCUUACCUCGGCCUGAAGUCUCCCUCAGGUUGUGGAAAACUUUACCUAUUAACUUUGAAUCUGAAUUUGACACACUUUUUCCUGUUCAUUUAUUUUGCUAUUUUUUUCUAUUGUCAGCUUAACAGAACUCACUUUUGUUUUGCUUCUUUCUAUAUACAUUUAUUUUAAUCCUAUCAAUGGGUUUACAUAGCCUUAGGUGAUACAAAAGAUCUUUAGUAGCUGGAUGAACAAGUUGCAGUGGAUGGAUUAGGUUACAAAUUCUGAGUAAUGAACAAUUUUUGUGAAUUCAUUCAUUAUUCAGAAGUGUUUGAUAAUUGCUUUUUCCUGAGCAGAUCUCAGUCCAUGAAUUGCCUACUAUGAGCCUAUAUUUGAGUUGUGGAAGUAGUGUUAGCUAAAUCACAUCAGACUGUUUCUGUUCCCUGAUUGGAUGAUCUAACAUUCAUAAACUCCUUCUGUGUGGCUGUCUUCAGGUUUUAUGCUGUUGCCAUCACCUGAGUUCCUCUUUCUAUGUAAAAUCAGUAGAAACAGCAAAGUCUGCCUUUGCCUGAAACAAACUUCACUGAAUAAUACAAACAAAUGUUUUGUGAUUUAACAAAGCUUCGCUACUGGUUCAAAAUUCACUUUCCAGGAACAUUCAUGGAAAUAACACUUUUCCUGUGUGAUUGUUAAAUAGAAAGGGAUGUGAACUCAAUAAAAGCAAAAUUAUAUUUGAAGG